AUGUCUUUCGAAAAUGAAAUAAAAGCAUAUUUCAAGGAAACGCGUCACGCAAAAGUAUCCUACAAUAGUUUCUUGUGUAGAAACAAAACAUUAAUAGCUGAACAACUUAAAGAUAAAUCGGCAGGUUUCGUCCCUGCAGGAGGCGAGGGAACUCCAACAGAUUGCGUCUCUGAUGAUUUUGAAGGAGCUUCGGCGAGUUGCGUUCUCGUGAUAAUACACGAAUUGAAGAAUGAAAAAACGAGCAAAGCUUUUUGGACGAGUAUCAAGGAUAUGCAAAGGGAAAGACUGAUUAAGGAGAAACGGACUAGAAUCAAGCGAAAGGUUGAUUUACGUUCGCUCGACUUUUUUGAUCAGUCUACGACCAAUGAAGGAAACGAAAUUAUGAAUCUUUAUAAUGAUGGUAAUCCAAAAAAGAAAUUGAAGGGUACAGCCGAGGUCAUCAAUACCACUCUUCCCCAAGUACAAGUUCAGUUUAAUAGCAACAGUGACGAUUUUUUUAUGUUGAAAACGAAAGCGAAGAGGCAUCAGCCGAAACUCGAGAAAGUACGAGCACGUGCAUGCGUGUCCAAGACACCACCUUUGAGACCUCGGCAAGUAACUGUUACGACCCCAGAAAAGCCAAUCCUUCACAAAAAUACUCUGCAAUACUUGGCUAAACAUUUUUCAGUCCACGUUAAUAAUCAAUGCGUGAUAAUGAAAGUAGAUCAUGUUGAUCUAAUUCCGAAAGAAAUUCGUAUUUGGAUUUCUGAAAAAGAUCUGUUCGAAAGCGCUAUUACAACUUCACUAAAUCAAACUACAGUCCAUCCAUUUCAGCAAGUCUGCAAAACAAUCUUAUUUGACUUUUUUUCCAUGACUGAUAAAGGCCCUUUGAAUCGUUUUAUCGGGGAAAGGAAUACAAGCGAGUUGCAUCAGAGAUAUAAAGAAUUGUUUCCAGAAUUCGAUUUCACGCUAAACAAAGUCGAUGGAAUUGGUUCUAAAGUUUCAAGCAAUAAAGAAAUCGUGUUUAUUGAAGUGUCUGGAGGACCAGAGAAUGCUGUUAUAAAACACGUCAAAGAGGAUACUGAAAAACUCAUCAAGGAAGCAAUGUUUGGUUUGAUCUCUUUGCUUAGAGGCUACUUAGAUAAAGGCGAUCGAAUUACUCUAAGUGAAGUUUAUCUCGAUAAGAAGCAUUUUUAUAAGAUUUCGCAGAUUAAGUCUGCUAUGCUACCGUUUUCUUUUGAUGAAGUCGAAAAAUUCAUGGAAGUCUUCGAACUAUUAUAUGCUUUAAUAGAUGGACUUAAAAAACAAACAAGAGAACUAAAAAAAUUAAUGCUUGCCGAUCCUAUUAGUAAUUUACCCACAAUUCGGGAUUGGAUCUGGGUCCCAAAAAAUCUUUCAAUGUGGGAAGCUACAGAAAUUAUAUAUGAAGAUUUCAACUAUGGAGGUUUAAACUAUGAAGAUUUGAGCUAUGAAGUUUCUGAUUCUUCUGGCUCUGAAUCAACCCAAGAAAAUGAUCAAGAUGGGUCAAAGGCUCGAAACUCUGCUUCCUUAAAAUUACCAGAAGCUGAAGUAAGUAUAUCUACAUCUAGCCACCUUGUGACUAUCUCUGACAAUAAAUCUCGACCUUCUAUCUCUAUUCUACCCGAUGAUCCAGAAGAGAAGCGAAAAUCCGUUAUUAAUAAAGUGCUAGAGCAGUUCCCUUAUUUAUCUUCGAAGUAUAUGCUUUUAUAUAAGAAGAAGGAUAUAAUAGCAGUUCAAGAAAAACUUGGUAUUAAUAGUAAUACAUUAAAGCAAAUAGAACACGAGCCCGAUUGGAAAAUACUUGCUGAUUCGUACAAAUUGUUGUUAGAAUUAGUAGGAGAUUUAAUACCUAUACAGGGGAAACUUGGUAUAGAUAUCAAUCCCGUUUUAGAAGCAGAACUUAGAAGAGAUAAAGCCUCUUCAGAUAAACCAAUUAGAUUAUUUGAUUUGCUUUUAUGCUUAGAAGAUGAUAUUGCGACAAUUCAGGAAGAACUUGAUAUUGUCGGUUAUACUAAUCAAGAAAUGGUAGAAGAAGCCGAUAAAAAUACGAGAGUGUACCUCCGAAAGUUUGAAGAAUUUCAUGGUUCCUUAGAAGAUGAUCUAGGUAUGUUAAUAAAGAAAUUCGCUGAUAUAGGGGGGGUAAAAAAAUUUUGGUUUACUGGUGAGGGACUACCAUUAUUUCCAAAUAUCUCUCCUCAACAAUUGCAUGAAAUUGUCGCCAAAAAAUCGGCUAGUGCCAAUCAGUGCCCAUGUCUAGAAUCAAAA